CGUUGGAUGCUGCUCGCAGUGUCCGCCAAAAGGAAGGGGGAAAAGGAAUUCAAGAAAGGAGGCUGCCGGGUCCAUUCUUGCUCUAGGACAUUUAUAUUGUCCAGAAUGCAUCCAUAACCCUUUGAUAUUCUGGAAAGUGAGGAUUAAAAUCGUGGAAAAAAGCUUUUUUCCCGGAGUGAUUUUGACGUUUUUUUCGUCCCCAAAAAUGAUUGCUCUGCUGACUGUGACGCUCCUCAUCAAAGGCGUUUUGACAUUGCCUGUGACUCCACAUGAGCCGGAGAAUGACGAUGUCAAGGUGAUGAAAUGCGUGGUGGAGGCGCUGGCUGACGUGCUGUCCAGGCCACGCCCUUCACCUGUCAGCCAGGAGUGUCUGCAGACGCUGAGGACAAACGAGCGUCUUCUUACUCUCCUGCGCCAUUACGACUUUCUGAAGGAGCUGCACGACAUCGCCCCCCAGGCUGGCGAAGACAGAGUCAAGCCACCAGGGGGCGCCAUUGCACCCGGUCACGUGACGCGAGCUCCUCUGAGUUUAGAAGAUGACGUCUCAGAUCAAUCCAUGUUGGACGCUUUAGGAGGACCUGGCGAGCAAUCCAUCCUGUCCCAGAAAAGAAAGAUGACCGGGAAUGAGGAGGAGGAGGAGGAGGAGGAGAAAAAAGGAUCUGAAGGAUUGAAAUCUAAAGAGUUUCACAGUGAAGAUGAAGAGGAGGAAGACAAGAGAUCUGAUAUCUUCUUCUCAGACCAUUCUGAGGAGAAAAAGAGUGAGGAGGAGAAUGAGGAUGAAAUGAAGAGGAGCAGGAAGAAAUCAUCAGGAGAUGAAAAGCAGCAGGAAGAACCUCAUCACUCAAAGGAGAUGUCAGAGGCAGAGGAGGUGACGAAGAAGAAGGAGGAGAUGAAGAUGAAAAGGAACAGAACUCCAGAAGAGAAGGAGCUGCAGAUGAUCGCUCGAAGAGGACCAGAGGAGGCGGGCAGUGCUGUACGGAAGACAGAGCAGGAGGCAGAUGUUGAAAGGCUCGCCGCCAUCGAGUCCGACCUGGAAAACGUGGCUCAGAAGCUUCACGAUCUUCGACGAGGCUGAAACGAGUUGACCUCCUCCUCCUCCUUCUUUUGCUCCUUCCUAAAGGUAGUGUGCUGGUCCAUGUCACCACACGUCACCACCAACAUCCUCUCUUGUGACACCGAACCUCACUCUUGAUUUCCUCUGCGACUUGUCCUUGUGUGUUUUACUUGAUUUAAUUUGUCGAACGUACAAAGAACACGUUUUAUUAUUUUAAAAGCACUUCAUUGUAAAACCAGACUGAAAAAUGUUGAUCUUUUGAACGGCUCGAAUCAAUUCUUGCGUAAAAGAGAUUUAAUGCAAUAAAAUAGAGUUGCUUUCAA